CCGGUGAAAAGAUCUCAAAAAAAAAAAUUGUUCACCGCGGUUAACCGUUCACCGGUGAGAAUCACUAAUAAAAGUGCAACUCAUAAGCGGAAAAAGAUAAGCUGCAGAUCCCUACCCCGGAAGUCGCCCCAUCACCAAUUCUGUAUAUAUCCUCCCUUUGCGAAAGAUCCCCAUUUUGGCAUACCAGUACGGCAGCAUGACUUGAAUGACUAAAAGGUUCAUUAUAUGGGCCCAUGACAUGAUAUGUCGCUCGGUAAGGAUGGAAGAGCAGAAGAAUAUCAUGCCAGGCGAUGGAAUCGAAUCCAUCAGAAGCAUUAAGACUAAGCUGUCACCACUACGUGGUCAGGGCGAUAGCUUCACAAACCAUGUCGUAGAGCUGGAGAAAGUGGAAGAGCUACUACAGGAGUUCUACAACGGCAAUAUUCGGUUCAAGAUGCACAAGUGGGACGCAAGAAGAGCGGGGGAUACCGAAUACAGUCUCAUUGCAGAGAGUCUUCUCGGCAGAAAAAGGGAUGGGACUAGCAAGGUUUGGAUCGGAGUCGGCCUAGGCAAGUUCUCAGCAAAGACUAGGCUUUCCUCAUUGCACGAGUCCUUCCAGUCCUACUUUGCCAGGUCACUUGGAUACAUCGCGGUUGGAGUGAACGAAUACUACAGUGUCCAACCUGCGAGCAGUUGUCGGGCAGGCCGAGAUCCGUAGGCUACACUGCUUAAAUUGCGGCACUUCCAUGCACCGCGAUAUUAUGGCAGGACACAACAUCUGCAAUGCGAUACAUGGCCAUUUACUCCAUCAACAGCGACCGCUCUAUCUUAAACCAGUAGAUAAGGAUGGGCACUACCCUCGGAUGCAAGACGCAAGGCCGCACACAGAAGCCGGGGGCAGUAGCAGCAGCAGCAGGAGUAGCGCAGUGGGACGAGAGCA